AUGAAGACCCUGUGGGCCGUGCUGUUGGUAUCCCUCCUGGCAGGAUGCCAGGCCAACUUGGAGCUAGAGUCGGACUUGCAGCUGGGUCAGAAGCUGCCUGAGGAGCUGGGCAGCCAGCCCUGGGAGCAGGCGCUGGGUCGUUUCUGGGACUACUUGCGCUGGAUACAGACGCUGUCUGACGAAGUUCAGGAGGAACUACGUACUGCUCAGGUCACCCAGGAGCUGACGGUGCUGAUGGAUGAGACUAUGAAAGAGGUGUCGGCCUACAAGCUGGAGUUGGAAACCCAACUGGGCCCUUUGGCGGAGCAGACACAGGCCCGCGUGUCCAAAGAGCUGCAGGCAGCGCAGGCGCGGCUGGGAGCAGAUAUGGAGGAUGUGCGCAACCGCCUGGCACAGUACCGCAGUGAGGCGCAAGCCAUGCUGGGCCAAAACGCCGAGGAGCUACGCGCCCGCCUCUCCUCUCACCUCCGCAAGCUGCGCAAACGGCUGCUCCGCGACGCCGAGGACCUUCAGAAGCGCUUGGCAGUGUACCAGGCCGGGGCCCGCGAGGGUGCCGAGCGCAGUGUGAGCGCCUUGCGUGAGCGUCUUGUGCCUCUCCUUGAGAAGGGCCGCCAGCGGGCCGCCACCGUGGGCACCCUGGCCAGCCAGCCCCUGCGAGAGCGCGCUGAGGCCUGGGGUCAGCAGUUGCGCGGACGGCUGGAGGAGGUGGGCAACCGGGCCCGCGACCGCCUGGAUGAGGUGCGCGAGCAAGUAGAAGAAGUGCGUGUCAAGGUGGAGGAGCAGGCCGCCCAGAUGCGCCUGCAAGCGGAGGCCUUCCAGGCCCGCCUCAAGAGCUGGUUCGAACCCCUGGUGGAAGACAUGCAGCGCCAGUGGGCCAGCCUGGUGGAGAAGGUGCAAGGGGCAGUGGGUGCCAAUACCCCUGCUGUGUCCAACGAGAAUUAUUGA